AUGGGGAGCCAUGGUGUCCAGGGACCCUGCUCGGCGCUAUUCCUGCUGCUGCUGCUGCUGCUGCCUCCCCCACUUUUUAGAGCAGGAAGUUUCCAGCACCCAAGACCUGACUGGAGGAUCUUCCACCACCUGGGCCUGGGCUCCAGACGGGCCCAUCACCGCCGCGGCCCAGGCACCAGGCAUCACUGGCGCCAAGGGCAAGCCCAGCCAUUUUGCAAGGGCAAGUUUGAUGUCUACUACAUCGUGGACAAGUCGGGCAGCGUGAACAACAACUGGGGUGACCUUUAUGGGUUUGUGGAGGACACUGUGAAGCGGCUCCAAAACCAAUAUCUGAAAAUGUCCUUGAUCACCUACUCCACUUACGGUGAAACCAUUAUGCCACUCACCGCAGACAGUGAACAAAUAAGGAAAGGUCUUGCAAAACUUGAGAAGGUGGUUCCUGAAGGACACACAUUCAUGCAAGAAGGAUUUAAAAGGGCAAAUGAGCAGAUGGAACAAGCCAAUGCCGGACCCGACAAGGUUCCCAGCAUGAUUAUCGCUAUAACUGAUGGGACGCUGGUGGAACAAGCAUUUCAGGAGACCUUGAAGGAAGCUGACAAGUCUCGGAGGAUGGGGGCAACUGUUUACACUGUGGGUGUGGCCGAUUUCAGCAAACGGCAGAUAACAGCAAUUGCAGACAGUAAAGCCCACAUGUUUGCAGUGGACAAUGGCUUCAAAGCCCUGAGAUCCAUCGUUGGACCGCUCACUAAAAGUGUCUGCACUCAAGUCACAUCUGUGAAGCCUUCCACGGUGUGUGCAGGAGAAUCCUACGAAGUGGUUAUUCAUGGAACUGGCUUCCAGAAUACGAAGGGGCAGGACCAAGUUAUCUGCAGAUUCAAGUUUGGUCAAGACAAAGUUGUCGAUGAAAAACCGAUCAGUAUGGACAAGACUACCAUCACUUGCCCUGGACCAAAGAUAGAAAAUGCUGGAGAAAAGGUCUCUGUUGAAGUCAGCCUGGACAAUGGCAACAUCUUCCACUCGAGCGAGGAGGCCAGCUACACCACCACCAGCUGCUUUUCCCGACUCUGGUACUGGCUUAUUCCGCUCCUGCUGCUGCCACUGCUGUGCGGGCUCUGCUAUCUGUGCUUCAGGAAGACCAAGAAGCCCCCACCUGAGCAGAAGCUAGAAAAGCAGCCAGAGAAACCACCGCCUGUGUGCCCCACAGUGAUUGUCUGUUGCUCCGGGUGCCAAGGACUGUGCGGAGUGUGCGGGAUGCGAGGGUCGGAGGACAAUCUGGAUACCUUGUGCUGCCUCGCUCAGCCCAGCUGCAACCAGGUGCCACUGAUGUGGUGUCCACGCAGGGUCCAGGGCAGGUGCCUCAGCUUACCCCUGAUGCAGCCCCAGUGUGCACCGUGCAGCCCAAAGAUCUGCUUUCCACCCAGCCAGGAGUGCCUUCCGCUAGCGCAGGCACCGUGCAGCUCAAAGCUCUGCCUUCCACCCAGCCAGGAGUGCCGCCCCCUCACCUGGUCGUCCAGGUGCCACUACCUUCCCGCCAGCUGCUCAAGGCCUCCGUCUAGGAUGCUGCCGCUGCCCUGUCGCCCUGCCCGCAGACCCCAUUUCUGCCUCCCACCCCCAUAACCUGACCUCUAAGGCACCAAACACCCACGAUUAACAGGCCUUUGUCUGCCAAAUUGGACAUAUACAUUGAGUCUUGGUUUACUGUCAGAAGAGUUGGAAUUUGUUGCUGAUCAGACAGAGUUCGUCCCUGGGGAGCCCGCACCUCAUGUGAGCUGUGUCUACACUGCCCCUGCUGGGACAGCCAGCCUGGUGUCCUGUGCGUGUAGGGCGUGGGCGGGUCCCAAGGGCUCAAACACAUGGGGUCUUAUCGCCACAUUUUCUGCAGAGAAAAGCUCAUAAAUUCAUUGAAAUAUGAAUACGAUGCUGUGUCUCCUUCCCUAGAUUUUGCAAAGAGAAAUCCUUAAAUUUCUCAUUCUCUGAACUCCUCCUUCCUGGUUUCCAUUUUUUGGCUACCCCAAUUCUGCACGUGUCGAAGAAGGAGGCAAGGCCCUUUCUGGAAAUGUGACUUCUCUUUCCAGAUACCCCACAGUGUCCCCAAGCCCAGGAGGAUUCAAAGGAAUCCUCCACAUGUCACUAGAGAACAUAAACGCCCCUUGUAAGCCAUUUGCCCCAUAGAAGAAACCCCGUUACUGACAGGGGCGGGGUUUAGCCGCAGUGUCUUGCCCGGCCGCCUGUGCACACAGUGCCGGUGUGACUGCCCAGGGCACCGCUCUCAGGCCAUAGGCACCCAACUUGGGACUGCUGCAUAUGUCAAGAAGGGACCCCAGGGGGAACUUGCCCAAGGUCACCCAGUUGUCCCUAAUGCAUCUUAACAGUGAACAGCUCUCCACAC